UUUAGGUAACUUUUAUCGCGUGGCUUAAACUUUUAAAAAAAGAAAGUCUAUUAUUUUUUCUAAUCUAUCGACCUACUUCUCCCUCAAGAAAUUCAAACUUCGUUGACGUCAUAGCGGUACACAUAACACAAUAGUGAGGGUAAAUGAGAGAGGGUGCUCUUUGAAGGGCAUCUGCCUAACCCUGGCAGGCGACAAGGACCCSUAUGAGAAGAGUCCUUAAGAGUGAAGCCGCAUUAURCCAAUCAGCAGGGGAUGAAUCGUUGCAAGCUUGAAAUGCACCUUAAAAUAGUUUGAUCGUGUGCAUUGCGAAAACGCCACCAAAUAUGCCCCAAUGUUUGGUGAAAACUUGCGGGAAUUAUUAUGGAAAGACACGUAAUGGCAAUAAAGUAAUUUAUCACAUGUUACCAGCCAACCCUAAGCUGCAAUCCAAGUGGGUAGAAUUGUGUACAAACAAGAAAAACGUGAAAAGAGAUUUACAACACGAGCUUCUCGGAUUGCCUCUACGCAGAAAACUGAAACCUGAUGCACUUCCUGAGCUGAAUUUACCCCUCAAAGUGGCCAAUGAAAAGGUUCUGGCAACAACUGAUCAUAAUAUAAAAGAUGAGAGGUGUUCCAAGCCGUGGAAAAUGCCSAUGAGGUCCAGUAUCAGAAUUGCGAAAAAAAAGUCAAUCGAGUGUCUAAACCAUUCCCGCAAAGAAAACUUGUCUGAAAAUUUUUCCGACAAGGUGAAAUUCAUGGCAAAACUAUUGCUGAAAUUUGAGAGAAACGAAAACGUGUCUCUGCCUACUUACAACUUUGCUUUGUCUCUGGAUAAAAUCCAGGAACUUCAAACGACUAAUUUGUCUCCAAGGUAAGAAAAUUUUCAAGUGAGAAAUGACAUUUAGAGGUCGAAUAUACAAAUGCAAUGUGCGCUUUGGUCCCAGUAUUGGCCUCGUGCCACUUUAGUUCGAUGAAACCGGGUUCAAGGUUUCUGCAGGAUGUCGUGUUCUGCCAUUACGACCUUGACAAAAAUAUUUUCUGUCUGCUUGUUGCAGCCUACCAUGCACUUAAGCAAUUUGCAUACUGACAUGAACAAUAACUGUUGUUACAAUACCCACGCUAAAAUUUUUACAUCAAAAAAGGAUAAAUAAUACACACUAUGCGUCAAAUACAUGACUGAUUACAGUAUUUAGGAGGAAAAUGAAUAAUAAAAAAAAAUAAAAAAAAACUGUAGCUUGAAAUCCGAAAAUUCGAUUUGUUAAAAUUUUCAAUUUCAAGCCAAUAAAACCUUUAAAGAAAUCAAUCCGCAUGAAAAACAAGAGGCCUGCUUACGAUCGUGUCUUUCCAAUUGUCUUGAGGAGUGCAAUACUACAAUCCAAUUCCCACGUUACCAAUUUUCCAUUUAUUGAGUCGAAAUUCGUAAUGUUUUUCCACCGCUCCUCGAAAUGGAUUUUUUCCCUUUUGCUUCGAGAAAGUUUGAUCAAUACUGCACGAAUUGCUGUAAUUUUCUUAUUAAUUCUAUUUAAGCGGGAAUGUGUUAUUUAUUAAUGUGAUGGGCAGACACCACAGUUUUUUUUCUCCGAGAUACAUGAUUACUAUUUUUUAAUUUAAUAUCAAAUUAAAACAUAAAUUGAGAGAGAAAACGACGCUGCAAACGAAUUUUUUAUUAUUUAAAGAACAAACAGUACAAUAAGUUGUAUUUGUGAACCACAGGGAAAGUCAUUAAAAAAUGUGAUUUUACCAUCUGCGUACAUAAACAAGCAUCAAUAAUAAUUGCUAUGCGUAUCAAAAGAAUUAAUUAAAAUUACAUUUUUGAAUUAGGCGGAACGCAUUUUAUUAAAUAACUAAUUGAGACUGUCAUGUAUACUUGAACUGAUUUACUAUAUCACUUUCUUGUUAUUACAACAAAUUAAUACUCAACUGUCAUUUAUUUUCUGUUAUGAUCGUUACGGUAUUACAGGUUUUAUGUUGUUACAAGCAAAUUACAUUACGGUUUGUCAUGUAGCAAUU